AUGUUGAAGUACAUUUUCGCUGCAACUGUGAUUGUAUUAAUAUAUCUGUCAGGAUCUGAGGUUAGGCUAUCAAUUUCGAAAAUAACAAAAUUCAUUUGCUAUAAUACAUAAUCCCCACGAACAAUUGCAGGCGCAAUAUGAUGACAAACGAUGCAAGUGCAUUUGCCCUAGUCUUCUCUCCGUUAUAAAUACAACGCAAUCGUCGUCAGAACGAAAAACAUAUAUCAUAAAUGUUCCACCAUCCGAAUGGUAAUCAAAAUUCUUAAUACCUAAUUAAGAAAUAAUUGUAAUCUCACAUCUGUAACAUGUGUAUGGUAUCAGCAUUACAUCUAUGUAACUUCAUGUAAAUUUUAAUCCGUAGUAAAUGUGAAAAUGUUGUCUUAUCAAAAGUAGGAGAUCAGUUGAAAGGUAAAGAGGAAAUUUUUUGUUCACGAUGUGAUUGCAAAUAUGAAAAUAGAAACACCACCAUUAUUAAAAUAGUGGUGAUACUUGUUAUUUGGGUUAUAUCGCUGUUAGUAAUUUAUAUGUUAUUCCUGAUUUGUUUGGAUCCAUUAUUGAAUAAAAGAAUUCAUAAAGCUUCAACAAAUAUUGGCUAUCAUGAACAUAAUAAUGAAGAUGAUGAUUCUUCAACAGCUCCUGGAACAUUUCAUGCUAUGGGUGAAAGAGGUAAUGUUCUAAAUCGUGUUGGUCAUCAACAAGAUAAAUGGAAACGUCAAGUUCGUGAGCAGAGACACACUUUAGAUAAGUCUUUAUCACGCAAUGCAUCUUCAAAAAAGUCUUUAAUUGUAUCAUAUAGUGUUAAAACUAAUGCUCCACCAGUACCUCUGAGAAUAUUUGAUAAUGAACCCUUAAAGAAGGCUCCGAUACCUUCUGCCUUAGCUGUUUUGAUCCAACAAUCUAAUACUAUGGAAAGCUAAUAUAUUACCUUGUACGAGCAAAAUCAAGUGGAUACACAAAUAAAAGAGAUGUUGCUCCAGCAGCUCCACCAGAAGCCAAGUUUCCGGCAAACUGUUUCAAAAACGCAUCUUUUGGAACACCUUCCAAGAAUAUAGUUUUGAAUUUGUCUUUAAAUGCGAAAUUUAAAGCUUGA